AUGAAUACAUCAACAGUGACUGAAUUUAUCCUUCUGGGGUUUCCUUUACUACCUGAUCUUCACAGAAUCUUCUUCGUGGUGGGUUUAUUCAUGUAUAUCAUAGCCAUCAUUGGGAAUGGCUGCAUCCCCAUCAUUGUGGCCUUCAUACCAAGGCUUCAGACACCAAUGUACAUCUUCUUGAGCAACCUUGCCUUUCUGGAGAUGUGCUACACCACUACAGUUGUACCUAAGUUGCUGCAGGCCCUUUUAGAAACACGGACCACUAUUUGCUUCUAUUGUUGUAUGGCCCAGAACUUCUUCCACUUCACGCUGGGAACUACGGAGCUUUUUAUCAUCACAGCCAUGUCAUUUGACCGCUAUUUAGCCAUAUGCAAGCCACUUCGGUACCCGAUGAUUAUGACCAACAAUGUUUGUAUUCAAAUGUCCCUGGCCACCUGGUAUGGGGGAUUUAUUAUUAUGAUUUUUCAGCUACCCAUCUUGUGGACAUUGCCGUUCUGCAGUUCUAAUGUCAUUGACCACUUCUACUGUGAUUUUGGCCCCAUGCUAAGCAUAGCUUGUGCUGAUACCACCCCCAGUCAGUUGCUGGAACUGUUGAGCUCCAUCCUAUUUAUUCUCUCAACCUUCUCUUUAAACAUUCUGUCUUAUGUCUUUAUUAUCUCAACCAUACUUCGCAUACCCUCUGCUUUAGGGCGCAAGAAGGCAUUCUCCACCUGUGUGUCUCAUCUGAUUGUGGUGUCUAUUUUGUACGGUGCUCUCAUCUUUGUGUAUGUGAGGCCCAGCGUCCUGCACCCAUCCCCAGGAACUAGGGUUGUAGCAGUCUUGAACACUAUCCUCACCCCAAUGUUGAAUCCCUUCAUAUAUACCAUAAGGAACACAGAAGUGAAAGAGGCUGUCAGGAGUGCAAUCCAUAAAAAGAGGUGGACCCUGAAAGAAGGCAUUUAA